CCAAGUGCUGGGUCCUCUGCUCUUUACUGCCUGGAGGGAUGAGCCAGUUUGUUUCCAAACCCUCUAGUAUAGAACUGGAGCCGUGCUGCUUUUGACCCACUGAUGGGAUGGUGGCACGAUGACUGUGGCAUGGAUGGCAUUUGCUUCACGCCCCAUCAAACUGCUGCUGCUUUGUGCUGCACUCUGCUUCCUGCAUGUUCAUUGCUUAUGCAGUGGAACAGAAUCCCUUGGGCUGAUCAGCACCAGCAGCAGGCAGACCCGGUCUGCACGCGACUCACCCCAGCCCCGUGACUGCAUGCUCUCCCCUUGGUCCUCAUGGAGCAAGUGUGAUCCCUGCCAGAAGAAAAGGUACAGAUUUGCCCGCCUGGAACAACCAUCUCAGUUCAAUGGAGAGCCAUGUGAUUACUCUGACAAUGAAAGCGAAGACUGUGUUACCAAUAAUCCUUGCAGAAAUAAAGUCAGAUGUGAAGGUUUUGUGUGUGCAGUUACAGGGAGAUGCAUUGCACGGAGGCUGCUUUGUAAUGGGGAUGAUGACUGUGGAGACCAGUCAGAUGAAAAAAACUGCAAAAAAGUGUUUAAAAAAUGUGACCAGAAGAUGGAGCAAUAUUGGGGAAUAGAGAAUCUGGCCAAAGGGUUAAAUAUCAUCACAAAAAACUUGGAAGGAUUAGUUCUUGAUCACAAGUACUAUGCUGGGGGAUGUUCUCCCCAUUACAUUGCAGACGUGAGAUUCAGAAAACCAUACAAUGUGGAAAGCUAUACACCAGAGACCAAAGGCAAAUAUGAAUUUACAAUGACUGAAUACGACUCCUACUCAAAUUAUGAAAGCAAUGUCCUGAAGGCACAAGCUUCGCAGUCAAGCUUCAGCAUUGGUAUAAGCAUACCCAAUCUGUUUGAUAUCGGUUACAGUAAUAACGACAACAGGUUCAAGAAGUUCAUUCAAAGGAUGAAAAGAUUUUCUUCAACAUCCAGCAAAUUCCUCCAUGCCCGUUCUGAGCUGACUGUGGCUGUAUAUAAGCUGAAGACCCGAGCCCUGAUGCUGCAUUAUGAGUUUCUGCAGAGGCUCCAUCAGCUCCCUUUGGAGUACAACUAUGGGGAGUACAGAGAGCUGUACCGAGACUAUGGGACACACUACAUCACUGAGGCUACCGUUGGUGGCAUCUAUGAAUAUACGUUAGUCCUGAACAGCAGAGAGCUCCAGAAGGCAGGUUUUUCUAUGAGCGACGUCCAGAAGUGCGCGCAGCACGGCUUUAAAUUCAGUGGAACUAUUAAAGCUGUCUCUCUGGUUCUUGGAAUAAAUGUGGAAGGCUGUAAAUCCCUUCUAAAGGAGAUUGGAGGCAGCACCUCCAAAAAACAGUAUGUGGAAGACUUUGUCACCCUUGUUCGUGGGGGAGCAAGUGAACACAUUACGGCAUUGGCUAACAAGGGCCUGCCAACAGCCACACUGAUGCAGGAGUGGGGGGAUGCUGUGCAAUACAACCCUGAGAUCAUAAAGCUGAAGGUACAGCCGCUGUAUCAGCUGGUGACUCCAGCUGACUUUGCUAAUGCAAUGACAAUAAAAGAAAAUCUGCGCCGGGCUCUUGAUGAGUUUCAGCUGGAGACCAGUUCCUGUCGCUGCGCUCCAUGCCAAGGCAAUGGGAUCCCGGUUCUGAAAGGAACACAGUGUGAGUGCAUCUGUCCCCUGGGCCGCCGCGGCACUGCCUGUGAGACCCCCAGCGGGACAGAUGCUGCUAUUAAUGGAAACUGGGGUUGCUGGGCCAGCUGGUCUCCAUGCUCAGGAGGUCAGCGAACGAGGAGGCGGCAGUGCAACAACCCUGCACCACAGAACGGCGGCUCAUCAUGUUCGGGUCCUGAUACUGAAACAGUUACUUGCUAGAGGGAAAAUCGUUAAGAACUCAGUUUGCACAUGGUGACCAGCUUGCAGACUGAGCGGGAAGGUGUUGCCUUGACUGGCUCGCUAAGUUGGCUUUGCUCUGCUUAUCUCAACCCAGUGCAUUCAGAAGGCAUUGGUAGCAUCGCAGCUUUGGACAUGCUUUGCAAUUGUCCCAUGCUCUGAUUGUGCUUACUGUUCUUCAUAGUUUUUCAGUGUCUUUAUGGCAUAAUAGGGACAGGCUGUAUCUCCUGCCUUACUUGGUAGAGAUUGUUGCGUGAUUUUAAGUUCUGCUGUUUUAUUUUUGAAGGUUCCUCUGAGAUAAGACUGCUCUUACUCCAGAAUAUGCACUCAUACGAUGCUACUAUUUCUGUGAAGACAGCUGUGUCACAUGGAGCAAAAUACAACAUAUUAAAGUCUAAACCUCAGUGAGCACUAUAGGAUUUAGUAUGACAUUCAAAGCCAUUACCCCAGUUUCCCUAUUUAUGGUAUUUACCCUAAUUGUCAUAUUAGAAGUUGUCUUGAAGGAGUGAAGACCAAAUGACAAAGCGCAGUCUGGUGAUAUUGAGGGAUUGUUAUGUAACUGCACAGCAGUUGUACUCUUACUGCAGAGACAAGCUUCCUCCUGUGCAUUCAGAAGCAGCACAGGCACACAGAGUGCACCCUGAUACACUCAGAUACCUCCUUGGGGAGGUCAGGGGAGGACAGAGGGAUGCUACUGGGAUGGGGAAUGGGAAAGCAGCUGCUCCUUCUGCUGCUGCCAGGGGCUUUGGGAAGGCAGCAGAGAUGACUGCUUGCAGGUUAGGUCAUCAGAGAUGGAGAGAGUUUGUUAUGAGAUGAGAGGAAGCAAAAUGGGUCGUUUGCCCUCUGUUGCCAUCCCUGAAGCCAUGCAUCACAAUCCAGGUCCUACUCCUACAGAAGAGGAAUUUGUGUCUUUGUACACUGCUUAAUGGCUCAACUGAGUGCAGACAAUCUGGAGACUUUUCUCCUCUAGCUUGUUUGGUACUUAAUGAUUUUUACACAGGCAUUUGUUGGGGCAUGCUAUGAAAUAACGAGAGAGCUUUGCUUUGGGAAAACAGUGCAACCAGUGCAAAGUCAUUUGUGAGUGUUGUGAGUAUUCUAACAUCAGCAAGGUCACUCUUAGGAAGGCUUUUAAGGAUGCUGGUGAUGAUGGGUUGAUAUCACCAGUUUCUCUUCUUUCAGACUGAUGUUGUCUAAAUGCAAUUCUUGUAAGAACAUCUCAGGCUCUCUGACAUCUAAACAAUGGAACAUGCAUUUAGUUUUAGCCCUCAUGCCGCCUCCACGCUUAUCGACAAGGUCUGUGUGACAGCUUUAAGAAAGGAUGAGCACAUUGCAUAUGUGCAUAUGUAAAAGCAGCUGGCUCUGCACUCAUAAUGGGCUACAUAUGUAAUUGGGCUGCCAACCCUCAACAUUCCCUUAUCCCCUGUGUAACUGUUAUGUCUUUUGUGUGGUAGGAAUUUGCCAAGUGCCUCAUUCAGGGUCAUGGCCACUGCUAAUGCUGUCUGCAUUUUUCUUUGUGGUUUUUAAAGGGGCACUGUGGAAGCAGCUUGUGUUGGUUCAUGGGCACCUACCUGUAAGAGCAUGCGCUGCAGUGCUACUGCUUGCCCUUCUGAUUGAGGAACUUUCUCAGAUCAAAAGUGGCUUUUGUAAAUGUGACCCCCUUCCUGUGGUCAUAGUGCAUCUAUCUACUGCAGCUGCAAACAGAGCCAAAUACAGCAACCCAAAGCCUGUCCCCUAUCAGGAAAGCCCAGAUUUUUUUGAAGUGGAAAUGCCUGAGUUUGUAUAUAUGGAUUUGGAUUGGGGUUUUUUUUGAAGGAAGAAAGAUUUGGCAGUCUUCAAAAUGAGCAGGACAACCUACCUGGUAUAUCAUUUCAGUAGCAAAUGCAUAUUGAGCCUAUAGGCUCAUGGAGCCCCCCAGAAAGGACAUAACUUUAUCUUGUCCUUGCGAUUUUGUGCCUUGAUUUAACUAGCUAACAAUUUACGAUGACCUGGAGGGUAAUAAAAAAUUCUCUGCUGAA